AUGGAUUGCGAGAUUAAAUUAUGGCUGGUAAUUCUUAUUUUGUUCUCCAGUGCAAUAUAUUGUGUUGUUGGAGAGCCUCAAGUACCUUGUCUUUUCAUUUUUGGAGAUUCUUUAUCAGAUAGUGGAAAUAACAAUGACCUUGCUACGGAUGCUAAAGUUAAUUACAAACCUUAUGGGAUUGAUUUUCCUUCUGGUCCAACCGGAAGAUUUACCAAUGGCAGAACUUCUAUUGACAUAAUCAGUGAUCUUUUGGGAUUUGACCAUUAUAUUCCACCCUAUGCAAAUACCAAUGAUACAGACAUUGUUCAAGGUGUUAAUUAUGCAUCCGGUGCAGCAGGAAUUCACAAUGAAACUGGAAAGCACAUGGGUCCAGAUAUUAGCAUGGGAUUGCAGUUAGAACAUCACAGAGAUAUUGUUUCUCAGAUUGCUAAGAAACUUGGGAGAGACAAAGUGCAACAACACCUUAAUAAGUGUUUAUAUUAUGUGAAUAUAGGAAGCAAUGAUUACCUUAACAAUUACUUCCUGCCACAACAUUAUCCAUCUAAAGCCAAGUAUAAUAUUAACCAGUAUGCUGAAGCUCUUGUCCAAGAACAUUCAACUUAUUUAAAGGCAUUGUAUGAGCUUGGAGCAAGAAAGUUUUCUUUGAUGGGAUUGUCGCUUAUAGGUUGCAUUCCGCGCGUGAAAAAAGGUUUAUUCUGUGUUAAAGAGCAGAAUGAAGCAGCACUUCUUUUCAAUAAUGAACUUAAAUCCGUUGUUGACCGUUUCAACAAAGAAUUACCAGAUGCAAAGUUCAUCUUCAUUAACACUGCUAUCAUAACAUAUAAUUGCUUAAAGCGAGAUAUCAAAAUGUUGACGUGUAUCCCUAACGAGAAACAUUGCCAGGGCAUAAACUUUCAUCCUUUUUUUGAUGAAUUUCUUCUAUCUGCGGAUGUCAACAACCUCACUGCAAAUAUGGCUUAUAAUUCAGAUAUGCAGAUUUCGAAAUGUUGCAAAGUAGGGUCGAAUGGGCAGUGUAUCCCUAAUGAGGAACCAUGUAUGAACAGAAACUUGCAUCCAUUUUUUGAUGAAUUUCAUCCAACUGAGGUGGUCAACAAAGUGUUGGCAAAUAUGGCUUAUAAUGCUCCUUUUCCAGGCUUUGCACACCCAAUGGAUAUUAGUCAUCUUGUUAAGUUGUAA